CAGGUGGGCGCAUAACGUACCUACUGGCACGGUAGAUACAUAGUCGAUAUCAUGCAUCGAUGGGUCAAUAAUCAAGUAUUCUCUGCAUAAACUGCCGCACGACAUAUCGGCACUAUUUAUGAUCGACUUGUCAUAUCUCGUCGUGAUAGGAUUCAUCAAACAUGACUGCGGUUCCUAGUAUAUACAACACCGAAACUCCAGGAAUUGGCAACUUCCCACUUCACCUUCGCAGUUCACCCGUCCUCAUCUCUCGUUCUUCAUUGCAACUUUCGUGCCAUUACCCACCGCCGACACACAAGAUGCAGCUCGUCUAUCUCGUAGUCAUGCUUGGUGCGUUGGUAGCAGCCGGCUCAGCCGACCCGCAUCACCAACACGCUGAUGAAGGAAUUUUGUCACUGGCUGGAGCAGCGCUUUACUGAAGAUUGUACAGUACCACAGAGGGAGGUAAGACAUCUUACAGGGUAGUGAUGCUGGAAUCAACCCUUCGAUCUAUGUUCUGUACCUAGU